AAUAUUACCCAGAAUGCAAUAGCAUUCGGGAAAUACCCAGGCGCGCAAUAGGAAAAGGAACCCCAUGCGAGACUUCACAUUGUGAUAUUUGACAGAUUUAAAAUAUAUUUUUAAAAAACAACAACAACAACAACAAAGGAACAAGAGUGAAAAUAAAGCGGGCUACACUUGACGAGGCGACACCUUUUCGGCGAAUCAUGUUCUGAGUGAAUAGAAGACCGCGGAUUCGGCUCUCACGCGGGUAUCGUCCUAAGCUAACUAGCGUGUUAGCUGUGAUGCUGGGUCGCGCGUAGGGGCAUCUCGAUGAGUCGGUGAGCUCCAAGCGGCAGUUUGGUGAUACAUGCGCGCCUCUUGAGACAAAAAUGUCUGGGUUCAACUUCGGAUCGGGGACUCUUGGUGCAACCAACGCGGGUGGGGGAUUCGCAUUUGGAGCAGCAACCAGUGCACCUGCGGCCAGUACCGGUGGCUUCUCUUUCGGCAGUGCUCUCGGAGCAGCGGCAGCGGCGGCACCUGCCCCCGCCGCCAGCGCCGCCCCAUCUCUUGGCCUGGGAGCCAGCCUCUUUGGUCAGAAACCUACUGGAGGAUUCUCUUUCAACACACCCGCCUCAAGCUCUGCUGCACCCACCGCAGGCCUUACAUUAGGUGCCCCGGCCACUGCGGUUGCCCCUUCAGGCUUUAGCUUGGCUUUCAACAAGCCCACUGCCUCAGCAACGCCGUUCUCCCUCACCACCACUGCCACCUCCUCGUCGGCACCCGCCGGGGCAGGUUUAACAUUUGGCUCUGUCCUGACAUCCACGGCGUCGCAGCAGCCUGCAGCCACAGCCUUCACCCUUGGCCUUGGUGCCACAACAACAGCGACAGCAGCACCAACAAUCCCAUCGCUGGGUGGGGGUCUAUUCUCCAACACUCUCUCUACAGGUUUGGGUCAGGCCACUCUUGGCGGAGGCGGGUUAACGUUAGGUUCUCUGUUAGCUACCUCCACAGCCCUACCAGUGGCCCCUGCCCCCAGUCUUGGCCUGGGUGGAGUCGACUUCAGCACCUCCUCUGAGAAUAAGAGCGACUCAUCAUCCGGAGCCAACGCACAGGACAGUAAAGCUUUAAAAGACGAAAACCUGCCCCCAGUCAUUUGUCAGGAUGUCGAGAAUUUCCAAAAAUUUGUGAAAGAGCAGAAACAGGUUCAGGAAGACAUCAGCCGGAUGUCAUCUAAGGCCAUUUCGAAAGUCCAGGAUGACAUCAAAAGUCUCAAACAGCUUCUCUCUGUCAGUGCCAGCGGUCUGCAGCGCCAAGCUCUGGCUAUCGACAAGUUAAAGCUGGAGACGGCACAGGAGCUGAAAAAUGCUGACAUAGCACUCCGCACACAAAAGACUCCACCUGGACUUCAACACGAGAAUACUGCACCAUCUGAAUAUUUCCACAGUCUGGUGGAACAGUUUGAAGUGCAGUUGCAGCAGUACCGACAGCAGAUAGAGGAGCUGGAAAACCACCUGACAACGCAGAGCAGUGGCUCCCACAUCACUCCUCAGGACUUGACUUUGGCCAUGCAGAAGUUGUACCAGACAUUUGUUGCUCAGGCUGCCCAGCUCCAGUCAGUUCAUGAAAAUGUCAAGAUCUUGAAGCACCAGUACCUUUCCUAUCGACGGGCCUUCCUUGAAGACUCCACGGACGUCUUUGAGUCCAAACGAACUUCCAACCGGAAGUGGCAGAGCACGCCGCGAGUCACAACAGGGCCCGCCCCGUUCUCCAGUGUGCCCAAUGCUGCAGCAGUUGCCAUGGCAGCCACGUUGACCCAGCAACAGCAGCCAACUCCAGGGUCCCAGGCAUCCUUGGGGGCAGGGUAUGGAAACCCCUUUGCCACGGCAGUUGGCACUAGCUUGGGCUCUUCUACACUUGGAGGUUUUGGUGGUGGGCCAGGAUUUGGUGGGGUGGGGACUGGGGGGUCUUCUUUUGCCUUCUCCUCCACCAGUAAGCCCACAGGAGGCAGUCUGAGUGCAGGCUUCGGUAGCAGCAGCUCAGGCUUCAACUUCAGCAAUCCAGGCAUCAACCCCUCGGCGGGUCUGACCUUCGGGGUGUCGAACCCACCGGCUGCAGGCUUUGCAGCAGGAGGGCCCCUUCUCCAGCUCAAGAAGCCCCCUGCUGGUAAUAAAAGAGGCAAGAGAUAGAAGCAGGGAAAGGCAGAACCCUGUGACUGACCGGCUGACCACCUUGGGUUUUUUGUUCUGGGUAAGGCCUGGUGUCCCAGAAAGCACUCAAGCGCUACAAUAGUCAUCCAACUACAGAUGAAAGAAAAUGUACAUAUAAGAAAAGCAACGGGGAUGUGAUUGAAUGCAUCGUCAAACAGCAACACAGGAUUGAGAAAAAUAAAAUCGCAUUGGUCGUUCAGCAUUAUCUUUCUCUCAUACAUUGUUCUGUUUCUUCCACUGUUUUACAGGGAUCUGUUCUCAUUUAGUUUUAUUCUAAAUUUCUGUGUCUUUAGCAAGUAUUAAUAGAAAAAGUUCCCAUAUUAUUAUGUUCCUCUCAGAUAAAGCUAACUAAUUGAAUUACUUUAUUUGGGCCUUGAUAGUCAGAUGCUCUGAAUCAAUGUAGAAGAUGGUUUCAUAAUUUUAAACACGAUUUCCCCGCACACCAUGAUCUGUCACACUGCGAUGCUUUUGAGGUUGCCAGCCAUGGACAGAGGUGGGUCAAUUACAAGGUCAUUACAGUUAUGAGAAAAUGCUUUAGCCGGAAUAUCUCACAAAAUACAUUUGCUUUUGCGCUCUUGAGGUGGACAGUGCAGUUUGUUCCAUUGUUUUACACAAAUUCUAUCAAUUGGAAAGCUGCCCCAGGACCCCUCUCAAAAUGAAGACUCGGCCCAAGUCUCGUCCAGGGAAGGUUAAGGAGAAGAGGGUUAUGGGAUAAUGGUGGGGUAAAACAGACUGUCCGGGGGUGUCAGUGGGAGUAUUAUCUGAUUCUAGAUCAUUUUAUAGCCACAGGAGUGUCCAGGGUGGGUUUUUGGGGAAGCACAGUUUUAUUUUUGUACCAAGCCGUGAAAGAGACAUUGGGGAGGGGUAAAAGGGGACUACCACCGUGGGAUAGCCCAUUAUCUAGUCCACAUAAAUUGUGUUGUUUUCUGCUAGACUCCAUCCUUUUCGUUUAAUGAUUACUUUUUAGACACAUUCUGUUUGCCCCGUGCGCCAUUGUAAGAUGUUGGGUGAGUAAACUCUGUGCUGUUUGUUUUACAUGGCUCCCGUUAGAUGUUAAGUAACCUGAAUCUAAAAGGGAUUUCACAAGCAGAUUCUACCAACUCGACUCAGUUUUUAUACAUGUGCUAGAACAGGUUUGCACUUGCCAGUGUAUGUGACCUGACAGUGAUCAUGUGAAUGUGCAUGUUGCGCCUAUUGCAUUAGUAUGAAUUUGUCUCUGUGGUUUGUCAUUGUUGCUCAACUUCUUCUGCGGUUGGGUGAGAUAUAUUCUGCUUUUUUUUUUUUUAUUGUCUGUCGGUUCAGAUACCAAAUACUGGUAGUUGUACUAUUAUUUUCAAAUCAAAGUCUGUGUAAACCUGUAUUUUCAAGAAGCUGUUUAAUAAUAAAAUCUUCAAUAUGACGAUGUGUUGCCUGUUUGUGGCAUCACUUCAAUAAAUGUGUGUGUUGACACAGAA